AUGGAUCCUUCAACUCUAUUGGAAUGCUUCGCUGGUACACUGAGCCACGACCAAAGUGUGCGUAGCGAGGCUGAAUCUAGGCUCAAAACUGCAGGGAAAAGCACUGGGUUCUUAGGUGCAAGUUUGGACAUCAUAUCUUCGCCAGAGAUCUCAGAGAACAUCAAGUUGCCAGCAGCUUUGUAUUUCAAAAACAAAAUUCUUUAUGGGUGGAGCGGUCGUCAGCAGGGCAGAAACGAACUGCUGGAUUUCAUGGUCGAUAACGACGAAAAACCCGUGGUGAAGGACAUGCUGAUGAAUGCACUAGUGCAAUCAUCGAGAUACUCCCCUAGCUGCAUCAGGCUUCUGCAACCGGCCUUGAGUACGAUUGUCGCGGAAGAAUACCCCAAGAAACAGUGGGAUUCGCUUUUAAGCAGCUCUUUCGAGCUGCUAGGCUCAAACGACAUCAAUUCCGCUCACAUUGGACUUUUGGCGCUCAGCGAGAUCUUCAGAACGUAUCGGUGGAAAGACAAUGAUUCCAGACAGGAACUAGAGCACCUCAUCAUGCAGCACUUCCCGCCACUGCUGGAGUUCACCACAAAUACACUUGUUGACGACGGGAGGAACAUUGACAACGCCAAAGCAGGCGACAUGGUGAAACUGGUUCUCAAAAUCUACAAAUUUGUCACAUACCAUGACCUGCCAUUUACUCUACAGCGGCCCGAAUUUUUCAUUCCCUGGGCUAAUUUGCACGUUGCCAUCAUUCAGCAACCACUGUCGUCUCAAAUUCGCUCGUCUAUGGACAAUGCAAGCCGGAAAGCCCAGCCGUGGGUGAAAGCCAAAAAAUGGGCUUACGCAAACGUAUCGAGGCUGUUCCAGAGGUACGCGUCCACUUCGCUGUCACGCAAAUUCGCUUACGACGAUUUCAAAGCACUAUAUUUGCAGGAGUUCUUACCACAAUUGAUUCAGCUGUACUUUCAACAGAUAGAACAGUGGAGUUCUAAAUCGUUGUGGCUCAGUGACGAGGCGAUGUACCAUAUUUUGGGCUUUUUCGAGCAGGUUGUAGUGCAAAAAGCUACGUGGCCUUUGAUCAAACCUUACUACUCAGUGAUCCUGGAACAUGUCAUCUUCCCGCUCCUUUGCCCCACUGAGGAGUCUUUGGAAACAUUCGAGACAGACCCUCAGGAAUACAUACAUCGGAAUUUAGAGGUCUGGGAUGACAAUUACUCUCCAGAUCUUGCAGCAUUAGCUCUUUUAACCACAUGUGUCACCAAGCGCGGCAAGACCACGCUUGAACCCACCGGACUGUUCGUGACCGAAAAGUUGAACAACAGCUUGUCUGAUUCCGGAAAGGCAGUGGAGGUCGAAUCAUCGCUGAGGAUAUUCUCCAACAUUUUGGAUCGUUUGUGUCAGAAAAACUCCAUUUUUGCCAAAGAAGUUGAAAGCUUGUUGGUGUCUCUUGUGUUUCCUUACUUCUAUUCCCCUCAUCAAUUUUUAAAGGCGCGUGUUUGCGAGAUCUGCUCCAAACUGGGUGAGCAACAGUUCAGCAAUGAACAAACGCUGCAAACCAUCUAUAAUGGUAUUGUUACGUGCUUUAUGGAAGACUCCGACUGCCUACCGGUCGAGCUCCUCGCAGCUUUGGGAAUCCAGGCUUUCAUUCACGCACCUGAGUUUCAGGGACCAAUAUCCGCCAAUGUGGUGCCAAUGACUCAAAAACUUUUGCGCAUUUCUAAUGAAAUCGAAUCUGAUGCUGUUUCCGGCGUGCUUCAAGAAUUUGUGGAGUGCUUUUCUGAACAACUGCAGCCCUUUGGCAUUGAGCUGAUGACCGACCUUGUGCAACAAUUCUUGAAACUGGCUAUCGAUCUGAACGAAUCCUCGAACCUUGACAUCAACAAUAUCAGCGAUUACAGCGAGUUGCCUGAUGAUACUGAUAAACAGAUGGCGGCAUUGGGUAUUUUGUCUACGGCAAUCUCCAUUCUGCUUUCGUUUGAAAACUCUCAUGACAUUGUGAGAAGUCUAGAGCAGUCUUUUUACCCAGCGGCCGAAUUUAUUCUCAAAAACAACAUGGAAGAUUUCUACCGUGAGGUCUGCGAAUUCAUCGAAAAUUCUACUUUCCUGCUAAGGGAGGUUACUCCUUUUUCGUGGAAAAUACUAGAGCUAAUAGGCGAAUGUAACCAGAAGGAAGAAGGUAUGGUGGCAUUUUAUCUUGAGGAUUUUAUGGUCGCAUUCAACAAUUACCUUGUCUACGGUCAGGAGGAGCUUAAGAAGAAUUCAUUUUACUCUAACAUUUUGUUUGAAGUUUAUAAAAAGGCUAUUAUGAACGAGGAUACUUCUCUCGAUGACAUGGCACAUGUUUUCGAGCUGUCUCAGAAGCUUGUACUUGCUCUAGACGCCACGGCAUCUGAGACUCUUUACAAGAAUUUUCUGGAAGAUGCCCUCUCCGCCAUCACACGCGAAGCUGCUGAUCUGAAAAAGAAUGUGGUGUUCACUGUGAGCUCUUUCAAUGUCAUCAUAGCGUGUCUAGCCUGCAACCCGAGCCUGACUUUGGGAUACCUGGGCUCGCAGAACGCUCUUUCGAGUUUCUUCGACCUGUGGUAUGGUUUCUUGGUCCCUCACUACAAGCGAGUUUAUGACAUAAAGCUAUCUGUGAUGGCAUUGUUGAGUCUGAACGGCCAAGUUUCGCUUGCUGAUAUCCAGACUCUGUCGCUUGAAGCUGUUCUCAGACAGUCCAGUUCUCAAAUCAUGAAAUUGCUGACUGCUUUCCCCCAGGCUCUGAAAGACUUGGAGGAAAAACGCAAGGUCUAUUCUGCUGACCAGUUUGCUAGUAGCGCUUUCGAGCAAAACGAGUGGCAGGAUGUGAACGACUACCAAGAGGGUGAUGACGAUGACGAUAAUGACAACGGGAACGAUGCUGACGAGGAAUCAUAUCUCGAAUUUCUCAAUAAGGAAGCCCAGAAUCUCAAAUUCGUCGAUGGCAGCGCAGAGAUCUUCGACCCCGUCGAAGACUUUGAAGAUCUCGAUGAGGACCCUCUGUCCGGCUCUGUGAUUGACCAUGUCAACGUCUAUGACGUCUUCAAGACGGUCUUGUCGUCCGUUCAAGCGGAUGUUGGAAAACACGACAUAUUCAUGGCCAAUUUGUCUCCAGAAGAUCGUCAAGGCAUUUCAAACCUCAUGAGCCUAUAG